GGUGGGCGCGCAGCGCGGCGGGCAGGGCUGUGCGCGGAGGAGGGAGGGCCCUGGCCCGGCCGGGCGCUGCGGGGUUGCAUGGCCCUGCGAUGGCUGCGUGAUGGCCCAGCGCGGGCAGCCCGCACCGCACGCCAUGGCUGCCAAAGAGGAGCUGUACAGCAAAGUCAUCCCCCGGCGGAACCGGCAGCACCGCGCGGGGACCAUCAAGCACGGCUCGUCGCUAGAGAUCCUGCUGUCAAUGGGCUUCCCCAAAGCCCGGGCACAAAAAGCCCUGGCAUCAACAGGUGGAAGAAGUGUCCAAGCAGCAUGCGACUGGCUGUUCUCCCACGUGGGUGACCCAUUCCUGGAUGACACCCUGCCCCGCGAGUACGUCCUCUACCUGCGCCCCACCGGCCCCCUGGCUCAGAAGCUGUCUGAGUUCUGGCAGCAGUCAAAGCAGAUCUGUGGGAAGAACAAAGCUCACAACAUUUUCCCACAUAUCACCCUCUGCCAGUUCUUUAUGUGUGAGGACAGCAAGGUCGAUGCUCUCACUGAAGCUCUGCAGGCCACCGUGAUGCGGUGGAAGUGCAAAUUCCCUGCCCCUCUGCCUCUGGAGCUCUACACGUCCUCAAACUUCAUUGGGCUCUUUGUCAAGGAAGAAAGUGCUGAGGUGCUCAAGAAGUUUGCUGCAGACUUCGCUGCAGAGGCUGCUUCUAAAGCAGAUGUUCACGUGGAGCCCCACAAGAAGCAGCUCCACGUGACCCUGGCCUAUCACUUCCAGACCAGCCACCUGCCCACGCUGGAGAAGUUAGCUCAGAACAUCGAUGUCAAGCUGGGCUGCGACUGGCUGGCCGCGAUAUUCUCUCGAGACAUACGCUUCGUUAACCACGAGACUCUGCAAGUGAUCUAUCCUUACACCCCCCAGAAUGAUGAUGAACUGGAGCUGGUCCCAGGGGAUUUUAUUUUCAUGUCCCCAGUGGAACAAACCAGUACAAGUGAGGGCUGGAUUUAUGGCAUUUCCCUUGCAACUGGCUGUUCUGGGCUACUGCCUGAAAAUUACAUCACGAAGGCGGAUGAAUGUGGGACCUGGGUGUUUCAUGGGUCCUACUCAAUUCUGAAUACUACAUCUUCUCCAUCCCUGCAAGCCUUCACUGAUGGAGCUCUGGAAAGAAGACAACAGGAAGACCAAGGACCUGGGGAUGCAGGACCACUCACUAUCAUCUGCCAGAACGUGCAGCCCCUGAGAAUAACCAGCCAGCCAGGGCCUCAGAAACGCUGCCUGUUUGUCUGCAGACAUGGGGAAAGGAUGGAUGUUGUGUUUGGGAAGUACUGGCUGUCACAAUGUUUCGAUGCCAAAGGCAGGUACAUGCGCAGUAACCUGAACAUGCCUCACAGUUUACCUCAAAGAAGUGGUGGUUUCAGGGAUUAUGAAAAAGAUGCCCCCAUCACCGUGCUGGGCUGUACACAAGCAAGGCUUGUUGGUGAAGCCUUGCUAGAAACUAAUACCACUGUAGACUACAUCUACAGCUCCCCAUCCCUGCGGUGUGUACAGACAGCACACAAUAUCCUGAAAGGCAUGCAACAAGAGAACAACCUGAAGAUUCGAAUAGAACCAGGCUUGUUUGAGUGGACCAAGUGGGUCUCGGGGAGCACACUACCUGCCUGGAUACCCCCUGUGGAUUUAGCUGCAGCUACUCUAAGUGUUGAUACAACCUACAGACCUCAUAUUCCUGUCAGCAAGUUAGUGGUUUCUGAAUCUUAUGACACAUACAUAAGUAGAAGCUACCAAGUGACAAAAGAAAUCAUCAGUGAAUGUAAAGGCAAAGGUAAUAACAUCCUGAUCGUGGCACACGCAUCGUCCCUGGAGGCCUGUACCUGCCAGCUCCAAGGGCUCUCACCACAGAACUCCAAGGACUUUGUACAGAUGGUCCGAAAGAUUCCAUACUUGGGGUUUUGUUCCUGUGAAGAACUGGGAGAUACAGGUGUUUGGCAGCUUACAGACCCCCCCAUCCUCCCUCUCACACACGGACCAACUGGAGGCUUUAACUGGAGAGAAACCUUACUACAAGAAUAGGCAAAGCUCCACGAGCAAGGAAAACCCACGGCCUUUCUAAGCAUUGGAGAAUGUCUCUUCUUCCUUGUGUUUAUUGACAGUGGGAAAAUACUCAUAUUAUGUUCAGUGGAUCACACAAGCAGCUGUUCUAGCAUCUCUCUCACAGCCACAGUCAUGCAAAAAUUCUCAUCUACAAGUAGACAAAUACAAAAGGGAGUGAUCUGAGGGGGGGGGAAUUAGAAUUCAGAUUGCAGCUCUGGCACAGCACUAAAGUCUCUCUUUAGUCAGUAGCUGGGGUGGAUUUCCUCAGUUGAAUGGAGCUCUGAUAACAGUAACUUUCACUGCCUUCUGCACCACAGUAGAAAUAAUUAGCACUGUGUAAGAGUCAAGCUUUCAGGAUACUGGGGUUUAGGUUUUUUCUCCACUAUUUUUGCAAAGCAUUGGCAGGCUUGUUCAGGACCACAUGUUUAACACCCGGUUCAGACACAAAUGCCACAUUCUCAGCACCUUCCAUCAAGUGUUUCACCACCAACUGGAAAUUCAAGUCCAGCACUGCCCCUGCAGGCAGCCUCAGAGGAUUCCUCUGCUCUGUUUCAGCACUGUUAGGGCUUGUGCUGGACAUACCAGGGGUGCAGAGGCUGAUCCACAGCAGAAGAAAGUGCUGGAUUUCACCUGAAGUUUGCACAUCAAAAGCAAGCACCGUUGAUGAGCAAAGACUGGAAGAAGUUGCUUUUAAGUGGAGGUGAAAUCAGCCUGUUCCCCCCAAACCUGAAGGAUUGAGAAGGUUGGAGGGUGGUUUCCCUUUUAUUGAAAUCCACCCUUGUGCACAGCCCCAGCCUAAAAUGUUUGUGGCUUUUAAAAUCCCUUCAGAAGAGCCUGAAAUAAGAGGUUUUAAUACAGAAAAAGUUGUGCUGGUCAUUUCCCCAGGGGUGGCUUUCUGUCCCUUGUGAGCUUUUCUGGCAGCCCUGGUGAGGUUCUGCAAGUAAGCAGCUUUCUUCAGGAAGUCAUGAUGAAAUCAAAAAGCCACUGACAUUCAGCACACUUUGCUUCCUUUAAUUCCCAAGUGCCAUCUGUCAUAAAGACAAAGAAGAGCUGGGGAAAGAAAAAAACCAUUACAUUUAGGAGCAACAUGCUGUGGGGCCUAUGAAGAUGCUCUUUAUCUGGUGGGGGGAAGGGUUCUGUUUUGAGGAGAUGGGCUUCCAUCUGGAGCUAAAAAUCUUUGAAAUCACAAGAAGGGUCCUCUUAGUGCAACAGCCUGCAAGAUCCCCACACCAGCUGCUUCCCAGAAUGCAAAAUACAGCUACUGUGGGUAGUUUAUUGCAUAAACUGGCUUCAGAGCAGGUGUCUUGUAGAUUAGUAUUAUCUUAAGUCAUCAGCCUUGGGUGAAGGUUCCUGCAGAUGUUUUGUACAGGUCUUACCCAUCUAGGUUCAUUUUAAGAAGGUACUUAAAAAUGUGCUUAAACAGGAUGGGAGAGAUUUGGGCAUACUCCUUUCUUGGUAUGGGCCUUAAGUUGGAUUAUUGCCAUGAAUACCAUCAAAGGCAAGUUGGGAAGCACCAGGAAAUCAAUUCUGGCAUCCAAGGUACCCUUCUCUGACCAGCUUCCCCUCUGCAGAAAGUGUUGGUGUCCUCUUUUGAAGCAUUUGUAUGGCAGGAAAGUUGAGGCUGGCCAACUUCUGAGAAAGGCUUCUUAUUCAAAGCAAGAGCAAAGCCUGAUUCUGUAUUGUUUGAACCUUGGGCAGGACUGCUCUCACCUUCAGCAGGCUGGGACCCUGCUGUAUUUGCAGCAGUCGAGCAAUCAAGGAGUGAUAAAUUGCAAUCCCUUCUGCCUAAGCCAGGCAAAAUGCUCAGCAAGUACAAAGUAACAAAGCAGAAGGGGUUUUGGCUCAGCUUUGGCUUAUUGCACUUGCCAGAGUGCACCAGAUUCCCUAGAGACUGGGAGGUAGCAGAGAACUCAUCCUGUGCAAUAUGGACAUUGUCACCACCCAUAACAAUAGCCCAUUGUUUGUACAUUUAUGACUAGGUAGGACCAGUAGAUCAUUCAUAAGUGCAUUAUUAUAGCAGGGAUGUAAACUGAAGAGUCAGGGAGAUAACUUAUAAGACAGAAGAAACUGCUCCCAUGCAGUUAAACUGCUGUCACUUUAGUUCUUAACUGUAAUUUAAACUAUUUUGGGCUGUGUACAGACACUCUGAAGAGCAUUUUUUGGCUUGUUUGCCUUCCUGUUUCCUCACUGCAAGUUGCAAAGGGUUUAAAACUGAGUAGAUGACAAUCACACCAAGGCUAGUUGGGUUACUGAUGCCUGGGUAAUUCCCUGGACUGCUUUUUGUUUCACACCGUGGGCCAGGCAAGAUGUGAUUUGGAGGCAACAAAUGUUGCCUGUGCAAAAAACAGAGGAGGCUGCUCAGGUCCUGCUGCAGUUGAGCAACAUAACAGGGAGUUUAUCUAGAAGCAUGAAACAGAGAGGGAGCAAAACCUGAAUGCACAGCUUCAAGGUUGUACUAGCUGAUAUUUGCCUAAAGUAAUAUGGAAGAGAGUGUUCUGUUGGAGAAGGUAGAUGUUAAAAUAAUCUCCUUUAAAAAAAAAGUAUAUUUUUGGACAUUUAGAAAAUAUUUUGACAAUGUAGUCUUAUCUCUAAUUAGAUUUUUUUUUCAGGUGUCAAGAAUCUCAAAGAAAAAACCUAUUCUAGCAUUAUUUCUCAGAGUGGUUUGUGUCAAAUCCCCUCAUGUUGGUAAGGGUCACUGGGGGAAAAAAAUGUUCCUUUUACAUUCUUAAUUGAGACAUUAAGACUUCAAAACAAUUGCUGCUUCAUUUUCACUCCA